AUGACUCUUACCGCUGCUUCGCGCCCCAUCGUCCAGGCCCAGACCCCCGUCUCGCCACCCACCUCCCCCCGCCGCAACUCGACCCCUCUGAGCGCGCACCCUUGCCCCGGCUUCGCCGACCUGGUCCACUCGGUCAUGAACGUGUACUCGGCCCGCAACGAGACUUCGCGCAGGCAUGCCUAG